CGCUGUACCGGCCCCGCAGAUGUUCCCCGUCCCCCUCCUCCCCUUCCUCCUCUCCCUCCUCCUCCUCCUCCUCGCCCCCGGCAGCGCGGCAGCCGGCCCGGGGAUCACAGCCCGCACACUCGCUCCGUGCUACUCGGCCGACCUCAGCCCAGCCUCGGGGCGCCUGGUCUCGGCCGUGGGCUGCACCGUGCUGCUCACGGUGCCCCGGCUGCGGGUGGGCAGAGCGGUGUCCUGGGAAUACAGAGCGGGCGUGGAGCAGGGCGUCAUCCUCCGCUAUGCCUUCGACCGGCCCCCCAGCACGGCUCGCCCCUACGAGAACCGCACGAGGUUCAACGAGACCAACUUCUCGCUGCAGAUGGUGCUGCGGCGCGGCGACGGGCGGCUGUACCGCCUCAGCUCCGAGGAGGAGGCCACGGACUGGUUCCAGCUGUACGUUGUUGAACCGCUGUCCGAGCCAGAAAUCGUGGGCAACUCGUCGGUGAAGGCAGGAGACGACACCAAACUGGUCUGCAACGUCCUGAAGGGGAAGGCAGACUUGUACUGGUGGAAGAAAAAUGGGAAGCUGCUUCUGGGAAGUGACCGCAUCCAGUUUGAGGACAACAGCACGCUGUGCAUCGUCAGGGUGUCGAUGAGGGACAGCGGGUACUACGCGUGCGUGGUGCGCAACGCCGUGAGCCAGAACGAGACCUCCUUCCUGCUCCAUGUCCACCACUCGGCGAACGUGGUGCUGCCCGUGGUCCUGGCGUGCGUGGUGGUCGGCUGCCUCGCAGGUAUCUUCGUCUGGUGCAGGAAAACGGAGCAGCCAUUUCGGCUCUGUAGGUAGAGCUGCCUCAGCUGUUCCCUCGCUGCCCUUCCCUGAUGAUGGACGUUGCUGGGAAUGCUGGGUGUCCCAUCCAGUCCCAGCCUCUCCCAGGCUCACCUCUGAGGUGUUCAAGCUGCUGAAACCCACAAAUUUUUUUGGAAAACACCGGCUUGGACUAUUUGUGUUGUCCUGCUCUUUCCCAGGGCCCCUCGCGCGUCUCUGAAGGAGAUGGGCACAGCUGUGCCUGCUUCAUCUCUCCAUCCCUCUCCUGGCUUCCUCCAGAGGCCUGGGUGGGCUCAUGGCUCUGGGAAGAGCCACCAUCCACACUGGGCAAAUCCACAGUCCUGGGGAUGCUGGGAAAUGCUGUUUGGUGCCAGCCCUGCUGUGCCAGGGGCUUGCCAGGGGCGCUCUGUGGGCUUUCCACUCCCUUUGACCCUCAGAGGGAGGGAAAAGGGCAGGAUUUUGCUGUUUGUGCAUCCAGGAGGGGAGGGAGGCAGUGGAAGGUGGCAGGGAAUGGGGGAACAGCAAAGGAGUUCAGUUUUCAAAAGCAAAUCCCAAAGAAAUCCCUGCUGCUGGACGAUGGUGGGAUGCUCCCGAGCCCAUCUCCUCUGUUCUCUUUGGGCUCUGGCAGGAUCAGGGGACAUCCCUGAAGACAUCCAUCCUCUUCCCAACAUGAGCCAGCUGGGUUGACCAUGUGUCAGUGCCAGCUUGUGCUUCCUGUUUGCUGCUCCAACAAGUGACAGCAGCCUUGGAUAUGGCCAGGUCAGCCUUACCUGUCCCCUCCUGUCCUCCUGUCCCCUCCAUCCCUGUGCUGUGUCCACAGGGCUCUCCUGGGCUUUGCUGUGAAGGGAAUGUCAUUCCUAUAGAAAGCAUCUCCCCCCUGGAGAGAACUGGAUGCUCUCCUGGGGUGCUGGACCCCGAGGUGUUUGUACCCCCCUUUCAGUCCGAUGGGGACAACCCUGAGCCGGUCCCCAGCACCUCUGGAAGGGGUGUUGGAUGUCCUGGUCACUUGGGGACCUCUCUGUGCUCCGAGCCACCAGUCUGGGGGGUGUUUCUGUGCUGGGGUCUUGCCUGAAGAGCUGCAAGAGCUUUCCUGGCCAGGGCAGCGGGGGGUUCCCUCUCCCCAGGGUUAUCCUUUCUCAGAGAACAGAAAUUCUCCUGGGAGAGGCUCAAAUCCCAUCCCUGAGCUCUCCUACACCUCUUUCUGGGAGCAAAUUGGGAAAUGGUGGGAGAGAUCACUGGGAUAGUCAGGCUCUCAACCUGGGGUUUCUUGGAGCGAUUCAAGGAAGCAAAAGAGUUUGGGUGGUUUGGGGUUCCAGCCUCGUUGGAGGCUUCAGGGCAGGUUGUCAUGUUCCUUGUUGCACUUGCAGGUGUGAAAAGCAGCCACACAGUUUUACAAAUAACAUUUUUCUAAGUAUUUCAGAGAGUUGCCUGCAAAUUGUUUUGGAGACUUUGUGUUUUUUAUAGUGUCUCUUACUGCUAAUAAAAGCAUAUACGUUA